GUCGAAGUGUUUUAGUCAGCAGGUAGAUUCCCCACAGCGGAGAUUUUUAUGUGGAGAAAAAAGUGUUUAUUAUGGCCCAAAGAUGUAUUUUAUCACUUUCACGGCAUUUCCAAUUGACUAGAGUAGCAUCCCCAUUGUGUCCCCCAAGUGGUCUCUUCAAAUCAAGCCGUUUUGUCAGAAAUAUCGCUCCACAGCGCAACUAUGCUGCCGACGUGAACAAGUCAAAUCAGGAAGCUCAGGCAGGUCCUCAGCUUCUCAGCAAACUUUUCCCACACACAGCGGUGCCCGAGAAGAGUCAGCAGGAUGUGGAGAAGGAGCAGAAGAAGCAGGAAGAAGAGAGCAAGAAAGAGAAGGAAAAGUCCUGGAAACACAUGAAGAUUGGGUUUAUGGUGUUUGGAGCUUCAGCUGGGAUGCUGGGAGCAUGGGCUAUUUAUGAUUUAGGGGCUCCAGAGAGAGAUCCCGCUGGGAAGGUAAUUGAGGAUGAAUUUAGCAAUAUGCCAGUGGUUCAGCAGUACUUCCGGAGGAUGUGGAAGAACCUCACGUACUACCAGAAGAUGAUUCAGGAACCCUCGAGAGAGAAACUUCUGCCAGAUCCUGUAAAACCUCCGUACAUUCAGCCAACUUACACACUUGUCCUGGAGAUGAAGGACGUCCUGGUGCAUCCGGAUUGGACGUACCAGACAGGUUGGAGAUUCAAGAAACGACCUGGAGUGGACAAUUUCCUGGAACAACUGGCCAGACACUUUGAAAUUGUGGUCUAUACGGCUGAUCAAGGAAUGACAGUCUUCCCCAUCCUGGACGCCCUGGAUCCCAAUGGCUACAUCAUGUACCGCCUGGUCAGGGACGCCACACAUUUUGUCGAUGGACACCACGUCAAAAACCUGGACAAUCUCAACAGGGACUUGAGCAAGGUGAUUGUCGUCGAUUGGGAUCCAAAUUCAACAAAACUCCAUCCGGAGAAUACCUUCAACAUCUCCAGGUGGACAGGAAACGACGAUGAUGCAACUCUCUUCGAUCUGGUGGCGUUCCUCAAGACAAUUGCCGUUUCGGAUGUCGAGGACGUCCGGGAAGUCCUGCAGUACUACAGGCAGUUUGACAAUCCCCUGGGACAGUUCCGGGAGAAUCAGAGGAAGUUCUACGAGCAGGUGCAGGAGAAGGAGAGGGAAGAAUCGGCAAAGCCAGUGGCUCCAGUUAAGAAGUGGACACCGAGUUUCCUGGCCAGUAAGUAGCUUUGAGUUUCCAUUUUCACAACAGAUGCAUCCUCAUGAGGAAGAAUAAAUACGGAAGAAGCUUAAA